AUGACCGACAAGACUAUCUACUUUACCCGCCACGCCCAGGCAGAGCACAACGUCGCAGAGGACUACACCAUCCGCGAUGCUCCUUUGACGAAGCUCGGGCGGCAACAGUCCGCCGAGUUGCGGGAGGACACUGAAGAGCACUUUCAGAAGGACGCUGAAUUAUUGGUGUCGUCGCCGUUGCGCCGGCCGAUGCAGACGAUGAUUGUCGGAUACGCUCCAUUGCGGAAGCGGCUCGAGGCGGAAGGAAAGCCCGUGAUCCUCCUUCCCGAGCUGCAAGAGGUCAACGACCUUCCAUGCGACACCGGCUCUGACCGCUCCCUCCUCGAAUCCGACCCCGAAUUCUCCGGCCUCGAUUUCACCCCUCUCUCCGACUCUCCCUCCCACCACGGCGGUGCAAGCUGGACUUCCAAACAAGGGUUCUUCGCGCCCGAAAACGUCGAGGAGCGCGCGAGGUGGGUUAGGAGGUGGUUGAGGGAGAGGAAGGAGAAGAAGAUUGUGGUUGUUGCGCAUGGGGAUAUUUUGCGGUGCAUCACGGAUGGGUACAGGAGUGCGACGCCUUGGGCCAACGCCGAGGUCCGCGCCUACACCUUUGCCUCGGCCGACGACGACGACGCCAAGGUCAUUCCCGUUAAGGAGGUUGCCAAGGAGGGCGGCAACGCACCUACUAGUUCGGACCUGCAAAACGGGCGGAACAGGACGUACUAG